UCGUCAUUAAUUAUGAUUCCUCCCCUAAAACCCUAUUUUGCCUACUUGAUACAUAAAUAGCUUUUUUGUAUACGCUCCCGAAAACAGCUGUAGCCCUCAAGGCUCCAAAUUAAUGAUUAUCAGCAUAAAAUUGCGAUUUCGUUUUUGUCCCUCUGGAUCGGUUUUUUUUUGGCCCACUGUGGGGGGUAUUAAAAAUUGUGCUCCGUUCACAACACCUCAUAGUCACCGCGUGGUCACCACCAAUUGAGACGCUAAAUUGAAAAAAAAUAACUGUUAUAAGAAAAUGAUAAACACGUCAAAUAAUUUAGUUUAUUCAUUUGCAGUUUUAAGAGUAAAAAUUGGAAUUUCAUUUAUUUUAUACUCGAGGUCUAUAGUUAUAGCCAAUUUAAUUGCAGAUUUAUACCAGUUUUCAUUUUUAUGGCAGAAUUUUUAUUUUUAUUUAAGUAUAUUUGGUUGCAUAACGAUACACAUUAGAUUUUUUUUUUGUUAUUUAACAAUAUUUUUUUUAAAGUUAACAAUUACUUGUUUACUAACGUUAUAUUUUUAUUAAAUUUUAUUAAAUUCGGUUUUAUGGGGUACUAAAUAAUUUUCUCCAUUUAAAAAAAAAGGAUAUUUUUACACUGUUGCUAUAUUCCGCGCUUGCGUUCUUUUUCAGAUAAACCUCGUUCGUUCGUUGAUUCUCGGCAACAAUCGAAACGAAUUUGUUAACCUGCAAACAUCCACAAAGCUCGUGUUUGCUCUCUUUGUGCAUUUUUAAGUAUUUUUCUUGAAAAUAUUGCACUUAGUAUUUUAUAUUAGCAGUAAAGUCGGUGAUGUAAGUUAGUAUUUUACGAGUAUUAUUCGAAUUGCAUAUUUUACAACCUCACAAAAUGUCCGAUAUGGGUGAUGAUGAUCUAUUAGGUGGUGAUUCCGACUGUGAACCUUAUGACUUCUCUGAAGAAAAAGAAGAGCUUCUUCUGCAAGGGGAUGACGACUACUCAAAAGCAGAAAAUUCGUACAAGAAAGGGUCGAUUUCUGAUACAGACGAUCAAGAAGAUGUUCUUAGUUUAGACAUUGAAGAAGAUUUUCAAGAUGUUGAAGAGAAACUUUUACAUGAGGAGAAUGAGGAAUCGAAAAUAAAGAAAAAUGAGAAAUUUUCAUCAGAAAGGAAACAACAAAACACCCAAAAUAUACCCGUUGUUAAAAAACAUCCACACCCCCAGAAAUCAAAUAAUGUAGCGCUUCCUAAAGAGAGAAAUGCACCAAAAGUUAUAACAAGAAAUGAAAACAGGAGGAGAAAUGUGGGACGCGGUAAUUUCCAUUCACGACCAAACUUUGUCAAGAACAACUUCCAAAGACGCAGAAACGGAACUGUUUUAAUCAAUCCAAGAUAUGAAGGCACAGUGCGUGCCAAUGAAAAUACCCGACUUGCCUGGGAUAACACUCAUUAUUCCCAAAGCAACGCGUCUAAUUUUGUUCAACCAUGGGUGUCUGGAAACGGUUUGAAUUACGAAGCUAAUCCCCAAAAUCAACUUUUAAAUAAUUUAGUCGCAUUGUUACCUCAAACUUCAAGCAAUGUUUUUCAAUCUUCAGCGAACAGUUACCAACCGACGUUGUCGUUUGAACCUCCGCCGGGCAUUCAAACUUCAUCAUAUAAUCAAGUUCAGCCCUAUUGCCAAUGGAAUUCGCCAAAUGUUUUGAAUGAUAAUCAGGUCUCUCGUGGACUAUAUCCAGCGACGCAAUCUAGCACAUCGUCUCUUCAGCCAUGUUUAUCAAGAGGAACACAAAGUUUCAACGAUUCGUACACAAACUACUACAACAGUAAAUCAAAUCAAAGUUAUUCUUCUCAAAAUGUUAGACCAAACUAUGAAAAUAGGAGAAAACCUUACAACAAUACUUUGUCAAGCCAGACUACCAACUUUCAAAACAAAAAUUCAAAUUACAUUAGUAACAGUUUUUAUAAUAGAAACUCUAAUCUUAGUAACGUUCCAAACCGACCAUCCCACAGCAGUUCUAAUAUAGUUCAAAUUGAAAGUAGAAAUCAACUUAGCGAAAAUCGACCAACUACUUACAGGAACGAUUUUAAACAAGGCCAAAAUCAGAACUUUGUAUCAAAUAUGCAACAGUUUCAGAUUAGAACUGAAAAUGAACCUAUUAUUUCUGCGGUUAAAAGAUAUAAUCAACAUUUUGACGAACAGAAAAAUAGGCGAGCAAAUGACAAUUCUGGCACAAGAAGCGAACAACCAGAAAAGAAAACAAAACUAGAUGAAGUUAGUCAAAAAUCAAUCGAUUCAACUAAAGAGUCGAAGGGAAAAAGCGUACCACCAAACGAAAAUACAGAUUUCGAAGAUGAAGAAACAAGAUUGUAUCGAAUGAAAAUAGAAGAGCAGAAGCGCGAAAGAGAACGAAUAUUGCAGAUGAAAGAAGAGAGAAGAAGACAAAUGAUGCUGCAACGAAAACAGGAAGAAGACAAAAAACUACCACCACCACCACAACAUACCGAAAAGCCGAAACAAGAAAAUUUCUCCAAGCCUGUUAGCUUUCAAAAACCGAAUUUUGAACGUGUUGCUGACAUAGUCACCGUUCAAAAUCAAUAUGCGCAAAAGUCUAUAACCAAACCAAAUCAGGUGCAAAAUUCAGUCCAAUAUUCUAAUGUUAAAUCAGAUAUUUCUGAUGGAUUUCCUAAUCUGACGUUUAAAAUUACGAAUAAGAUUCAAGAAAACGCCCCAGUUCAAAAUAUGCCGAAAAGUGAAGUGUCCUCUAGUGGAUUCAUGUCAAAUCGGGUUGUCGUUGUCAAAGGGAAAACCGGUAGUGUUUUACCAGUUUCAUCAACUAGUGCUCCUAAACCAGUCAGCAAUGAGGGUAGCCAAUCUUCCAAUGUAGGGCAAGGGCUUUCUUCUUUCUUCAAUAACCGUAAAGUGUUGAAGAAAGAUAGUACGUUACUUGAUACAAGACUGGUUGUUGUUAAUAAUUUGUCGGCAAAUUUUAAUCAAAACAAAUUGAUGGCUUUGACUCGAGGCAUUGGGGAAAUACAGAAACUGCGAGUGGAUACGCAAGAGCGACAAGCAACAAUUCUAUUUAAAUCUGUUGCAUCCGCUCAUGCAUUUUUUAAGAAAUAUCAACGACGAAUACUUGAUGAUUUGUCUGUGAUUGAAGUUAAAUUAGAACCGAUGAUUUAAAAGGUUUAGACUAGUUGUUUUUUUUGUUUUGUAAUUUAGUGUAUGGAUUUUUGAUUUUGUUUUGAUUAGUUUUUUUUUAUUUUGUAAUUUCAUAUUCUAAUAUUGUAAAUAUAAAUAAGGCAAACAAGCAUGUGAAUUAUAAAAAUCUGAUUACCAAUACUUUAAUAGAUAUAAUCGUCUAGGGAAUUUAUUCUAUAAAUGUCUUUGUGGAGAAAAGUGUGUAGCAUGAUUUUAGAAAUGGUUUUGCCAUUUGGACACCUUCACUUUUACUAAAAAAAUUUGAUUGAUUCAUAAAAAUAUGUUAAAAAAUGAAGAAGGAAGAAAUCUUCUCUCCAGGAUCUGAGAGAUUUUUUCACGUGUUUUCGGCACUCACGCUAUAAUUAUAUCAUGUUCACGACCAUUUCCAUUUGACGUCAUAAUUAUUUAUGAUUUAUUUUUAAUGAAUAUUCUUCGAAUCCUUCCGUUUUGCGUGUGGCAAAUAGAGUUGACUUUUUGUCUGAUUUUUAUUUUGUUUUUCUCAUAAUUAAUAAUUAGGUUUUGUAUAGUUCUUGUGUUCAAUGGUCAGACGACCAUUUGAAUAAGUGAAUUUUGUCUUUUUGUACAAGUUUUGUCAAGAAAUGUGUAACUAAUUUCGUCUGUUACAAUAAAGUGUUUUUCAGUGUU